CUGGUGGUGGUCGGGGCUCUGACGCGGCGGGGCGGCGGAGGUGGUGGUGGGGAGGGCGAGAGAUGGCUGCGGCGGUGGGGAGGGCGCGGGGGGCGGCGAGCCUGGCGGCGGCGGUGAGGGUGGCGGCGGCGACGGCGAGGCCGGCGUCGAGCGUCGCCGCGGCGGCCGGGCUGGGGUUCGCGGGGCUGGUCGUGCAGGGGGAGGACACGCCGUUCGGGUCGGUGUGGUGGUGGGCGUACGCGGGGAUAUCCUGCUUCCUGGUGCUCUUCGCCGGGAUCAUGUCGGGGCUCACCCUCGGCCUCAUGUCGCUCGGCCUCGUCGAGCUGGAGAUCCUCCAGCGCAGCGGCACCGAUGCCGAGAAGGCCCAGGCUGAUGCUACUGUUGCUACUGUAUUUUCAUGGAUAGUUCUGUUGUUGAUCGUUUGGCUACUUGUAUGUCAUCUUUUUGUAGCUGCCAUCCUCCCAGUUGUUCAAAAGCAGCACCAGCUUCUUGUCACCCUGCUCUUGUGUAAUGCUUGUGCCAUGGAGGCUCUUCCUAUAUUCCUUGACAGGAUUUUUCAUCCUGUUGUUGCUGUUAUCUUAUCAGUAACGUUUGUUCUUGCUUUUGGAGAGGUUAUACCACAAGCAAUCUGUACUAGGUAUGGAUUGGCUGUGGGUGCUAACUUUGUAUGGCUUGUACGCAUCCUCAUGAUCAUCUGCUAUCCUAUUUCUUAUCCCAUAGGGAAGCUCCUAGAUUGUGCUCUUGGGCAUAAUGAAUCUGCACUUUUUAGGCGAGCUCAACUUAAAGCUCUUGUCUCUAUCCAUAGCAAAGAGGCUGGCAAGGGUGGAGAGCUUACCCAUGAUGAGACUACAAUCAUAAGUGGAGCCUUGGACUUGACUGAGAAGACUGCUGAGGAGGCUAUGACACCUAUUGAGUCAACUUUCUCAUUAGAUGUGGACUCCAAGUUGGAUUGGGAAGCAAUCGGCAAAAUCCUUGCUCGGGGUCAUAGCCGUGUGCCUGUAUACUCUGGAAACCCUAGGAACAUUAUUGGUCUCCUGCUGGUGAAAAGUCUUCUGACAGUUCGUGCUGAAACAGAGACACCAGUUAGUGCUGUUUCCAUUAGAAGGAUUCCAAGGGUUCCUGCAGAUAUGCCUUUAUAUGACAUACUGAAUGAGUUUCAGAAAGGAAGUAGUCAUAUGGCUGCUGUUGUGAAGGCUAAGCCCAAAAUUGUACCACUCCCUGACAAAACUGAACCAAACAGGGAAGUAAGUGGGGCACCACAGCUGACUGCUCCCUUACUAUCCAAUAAUGAAGAAAGGGUGGAAAGUUUGGUUGUUGAUAUUGAAAAACCACAGAGCAGGCAGGUUAAUGGAAACAAACCCUGUUCCAUGCAGCAGAAUGAGAUGCCAUAUGCAAUGUCUCGGUCAUCAGAGGAUAUAGACGAUGGUGAGGUCAUUGGUAUCAUCACACUUGAAGAUGUAUUUGAAGAACUAUUGCAGGAGGAGAUAGUGGAUGAAACUGAUGAGUAUGUUGAUGUUCAUAAGAGGAUCCGAGUGGCCGCCGCCGCCGCUGCAUCUUCGGUUGCCAGGGCUCCAUCAAUUCGGAGAUUAACGGGUCAAAAGGGCACAGGUACGCAGAAUAGGCAAGGACAGCCAACUGGAAUUUUGAAGAAACCUACUGAAGGUGAUUCCAAUCCAUCAAAACAUCAGGUGAACCUUGUUGAACCUCUUUUGGAAAAUAAGAGGUAACUUUAGAUGUAUGCAUGAAUAUAGCGAUGGAACGCAAAAUCAAAUUCAGAAGGCUUGGCUAACAGUAAAUAUGAGCGAACUCGUAAAUUCGGAUUUGUUGUCAUGGUCUCAUGGACCUUAGCGUUGAAUUUUGUGUUUAUGGAUGAUGAAAGUAGAUAACAAUUCCGGAAUCUUUUGAUACAUGACAGUAGCAACGAAUAGUACUCUUGGAAUCUGAAACGUUGACCUGGAGGACUGGAACGGUAGUGGAUAUGGUUACAUUAGGAAUAAGUACAUUUCAAAGGCUAAUUGUUCAUGCGAAAUAUAUAUUCCAGAUGAGACUGCAGCACAGGUGAACACAA